AUGUCUGACGAGCCAAAUUUAAUAUCAUCUAAUGAUGAUAAUGGAAAUAAAAAAUCUAAAGAUCAAAAAUCAUCAAAAGAUGUUUGUGAUGAAUGUGGAAUUGAAUAUAUUCCAAUGAAAUAUUCUGAUAAUGAUUAUGUUAAUUUAUCAACAUUUAAAUUAUUUUCACAAAAUGUACGUCCAAUUAUAAAUUCACGUUAUCCAAAAUUACCAACACAAAAAAUAAUGACAUUAAUGGCUGCAUAUUGGCGUGAAUUUCUUGAAUUAAAAGGUACAUUAAAUACAUCAACAAAUAGUACAUUAACUGAAUCAAAUAAUGAUCAUGAUGUUAAUGAUCGUAUGGAUAUUGAUGAACCACGUACAAGUCGUUCACGUCGUCGUCGUACAGCUAUACAAGAUGAUAAUGAACAAGAUGAUCAAUCAAUUGAACAACAACAACAACAAGAUGAUGAUGAUAUAUCAACAGCAUCACCACGUAGUUCAUCAUCACGUAUUAAUAAUAAAAAAAUUCCAUCAUUAAAAAUUAAAUUACAAAAAGAUCAAGCAGCUGCAGCUGCAGCAGCAGCAGCAGCAGCUAUAGCAGCUAAAGAACAAUUAAAUGAUAAUGAUGAUGAAAUAAAAGCAUCAUCAACAACAAAAAAAUCAAGUCGACAACGUAAACGUAAACGUCGUGAUGAUGAAGAUCCAGCUAAUGAAUCAGAUGCUGAAUUUGAAGCUAUGUUAGUACAAAGUGAAAUGAAUGAAGAAGAAGAACAACCAAAAAAAAAACGUGUUAAAAAACCACCCAAACCACCUAAACGUAUAGCACGUUUAAAUAAUCGUCGACAAUUACAAGCAGCUGCUGAAGAUGCUGCUAAUUUACCACUUGAUCAAGUUGGUUAUGAAACAAAUCAUCAAGAUUAUUGUGAAGUAUGUCAACAAGGUGGAGAAAUUAUACUUUGUGAUACAUGUCCAAAAGCUUAUCAUCUUGUUUGUCUUGAUCCUGAACUUGAACAAGCACCUGAAGGUGAUUGGUCAUGUCCUGAAUGUACAAAAAAUGGUAUAUCAAUACGUACACGACAAGCAGCUGCUAUAGCAGCUGCACGACAAGCAAAAGAAGAAGAUGAUAAUCAUAUGGAAUAUUGUCGUGUUUGUCGUGAUGGUGGAGAAUUAUUAUGUUGUGAUCGAUGUCCAUCAUCAUAUCAUAUGCAUUGUUUAAUUCCUCCAAUGACAAUUAUACCUGACGAAGAUUGGUUUUGUCCACGAUGUACUAUUGAACCACCACCAUAUGUUGUUAAAAAAAUUUUAACAUGGCGUUGGGUAACACAUCCUGAUUCACAUUCAUCUGUAACAACAGAUACAGUAACAUCUGAAGUAACUAAAGUUGAUGAAAAUGGUGAAUCAGCUACAACAACAACAGUUAUAACAGCUAAACAUACAAUAACAAGAACAACUGCAUCAGAUACAGUACCACCAGCUGAAGGUGCAGAUAAUGGUGCUGAUAUUAAACAACGUCUUAUUCCAACAUUUGAUACAAGUUUAGUACGUGGUGCACCACGUGGUCCACCUAAAACACGAGAACUUUUUGUUAAAUAUGAUGGUUUAUCAUAUUGGUCAUGUGAAUGGUUACCAGAAUUACAAGUUGAAGUACAUCAAUCAUCAUUAUGGCGUUGUUAUAUAAAAAAAAUAGGUGAUGCUAAACAACCACAACCAACUGUUGAAUUAGAUGCUGAAGUUGAAGAAGAUGAUGAAGUUUCACGUCGUUAUUAUAAUCCAAAAUUAGAACAACGUUAUUAUAAAAAUGGUGUACGACCUGAAUGGUUAUGUGUACAUCGUAUAUUAAAUCAUCGAAAAGAAAAAGGUAUACCAAUGUAUUAUUUAGUUAAAUGGAGAGACAUUGGUUAUGAUCAAGCAACAUGGGAACUUGAAAAAGAUGGAGAAUAUACAAAUUUAAUUGAAAAUUGGCAACAACAUAUUGAUAAUUAUUGGAAAUUAAGAAAUGGUGCCGAUGGUGAAGAGAAAAAAAAGAAAAAAUCAAGUUCAACGAAAACAACACGUCGAUCAAAUCGAGAACUUGAAGAAAAUCGAUUAAAUGAUAUAAAUGGUGAUUCAGGUGAUGAAUAUGAACGUACAGGAAAAUAUCCACCACCACGUAAACGUUAUGAAAAACAACCAGAUUUUGUUGAAGUAACUGGUGGUACAUUACAUCCAUAUCAAUUAGAAGGUUUAAAUUGGUUACGUUUUUCAUUUUCACAAAAUACAGAUGUUAUACUUGCUGAUGAAAUGGGUCUUGGUAAAACUGUACAAACAAUUGUAUUUUUACAAGCAUUAUUAAAAGAAGGUCUUUCACGUGGACCAUUUUUAAUAAGUGCACCAUUAGCAACAAUUAUUAAUUGGGAACGUGAAUUUGAAUUUUGGGCACCAGAUCUGUAUGUUGUUACAUAUACAGGUGAUAAAGAAGCAAGAGCUGUUAUUCGUAAACAUGAAUUUUCAUUUGAAGAUGAUGCUAUACGUGCUGGUCCACGUGCAAGUCGUGUAAGAAGUGGUGCUAAAGUUAAAUUUCAUGCAUUAUUAACAUCAUAUGAAUUAGUUAGUGUUGAUUCAGCAACAUUAUCAUCAGUUGAUUGGGCUGUAUUAAUUAUUGAUGAAGCUCAUCGUUUAAAAAAUAAUCAAUCAAGAUUUUUUCGUACAUUAUUUGAAUUUAAUAUUGGUUAUAAAGUUCUUCUAACUGGUACACCAUUACAAAAUAAUCUUGAAGAAUUAUAUCAUUUAUUAAAUUUUUUACAACCAGAAAAAUUUAGUGAUAUGGAUGGUUUUCUUAAAGAAUUUAGUGAUUUAGCUAAAGAUGAACAAGUUGCUAAAUUACAUGAUAUAUUAGGUUCACAUAUGUUACGUCGUUUAAAAGCUGAUGUUUUAAAAAAUAUGCCAACAAAAUCAGAAUUUAUUGUACGUGUUGAAUUAAGUCCUAUACAAAAAAAAUAUUAUCGUGCUAUAUUAACAAAAAAUUUUGAUGCUUUAAAUGUUAAAGGUGGUGGUGGACAAGUAUCAUUAUUAAAUAUUGUUAUGGAAUUAAAAAAAUGUUCAAAUCAUCCAUAUUUAUUACCAGCUGGACAUUUUGAAGCACCACGUACACCUAAUUUAGCAUAUGAAGGUUCAGCUUUAAUAAAAGCAUGUGGAAAAUUAGAUUUAUUAUCUAAAAUGUUAAGAAUAUUAAAAGAUCAAGGACAUCGUGUUUUAAUAUUUUCACAAAUGACAAGAAUGUUAGAUAUACUUGAAGAUUUUCUUGAAUAUUUAGGUUAUAAAUAUGAACGUAUGGAUGGUAAAACAGGUGGACCUGACAGACAAGAUGCUAUUGAUCGUUUUAAUGCACCGGGUGCUGAACAAUUUUGUUUUUUACUUUCAACACGUUCAGGUGGUUUAGGUAUUAAUUUAGCUACAGCUGACACAGUUAUUAUUUAUGAUAGUGAUUGGAAUCCACAUAAUGAUAUACAAGCUCUAUCACGUGCUCAUCGUAUUGGUCAACAAAAUAAAGUAAUGAUAUAUCGUUUUGUUACACGUGAUACAGUUGAAGAACGUAUAACACAAGUUGCAAAGAAAAAAAUGAUGUUAACACAUUUAGUUGUACGACCAGGUGUUGGUCGUGGUCCAAAUAUGAGUAAAAAAGAAUUAGAUGAUAUAUUACGUUUUGGCACAGAAGAUUUAUUUAAAGAUGAUGAUGAAGUUGUUGGUAAUGGUGAUGGUGGUGAAGGUAGUGGUUCAAAAAUUCAUUAUGAUGAUCAAGCUAUUGAAAAAUUACUUGAUCGUUCACAAGAAGGUAUACAAGAAAAAGAAGAUGGUCUUAAUGAAUAUUUAUCAAGUUUUAAAGUUGCAUCAUAUGUAACACGUGAAACAAAUGAUGAUGAAGAUGAAGAUUUUCGUGAACCACCACCAUCAUCAACAACAAUUGAAGAAAAUAUGGAUCCAAAUUAUUGGGAAAAAUUAUUACGUAUGCAAUUUGAACAAGAAAGAGAAUUAGAAAGUCAUGCAUAUGGUAAAGGUAAACGUUUAAAACGUCAAGUUAAUUAUGCUGUACCAAAUAAUGAUGAAAAUUGGAAUGAACCUAAUUCAGAUAUAGCUAGUGAAUAUGAUGCACCAUCAGCUGGUGGUGAUGAUGAAGAUGUUGAUUUUGAUGAAACACCUGAUCGUCGACGUAAAACAGGACGUGAUCGUCCAUUACCACCAUUAUUAUCAAAAUCUGGUCCAAAUAUUGAAAUAUUAGGUUUUAAUCCAAGACAACGUAAAGCAUUUUUAAAUGCAAUUAUGCGUUUUGGUAUACCACCACCAGAUGCAUUUAAAUCACAAUGGUUAGUACGUGAUUUACGUUGUAAAUCAGAAAAAGAAUUUCGUGCAUAUGUUUCAUUAUUUAUGAAACAUUUAUGUGAAAAUACAGGUGAAAAUUCUGAAACAUUUUCUGAUGGUGUACCACGUGAAGGUUUAUCACGACAUCAUGUUUUAUCACGUAUUGGUAUAAUGUCAUUAAUAAGAAAAAAAGUACAAGAAUUUGAAAAUAUAAAUGGUUUAUGGUCAAUGCCUGAUCAAGCACCAAUUAAUGAUAAUCAAAAUGAUUUAAUUGAUGAUAUUAAACAGAUAAAUGAUAAAUUAUUAACAAAUAAUGAGAAUGUUCAAUUAAUUGAAUCAAAUGAAACAUUAACAACAGUUAGUUCAAGUAAUCAUUUAAUUGGAGAAUCAAUGAGUUUAAGUGAUUUAAUUAAUAAUAAAAUUGAACAAAAUGAUAUUGAAAUGAAAGAUAAUACAAAUAAUAAUAAUAAUAAUGAUGAUGAGAAAUUAAAUAAUGAUAAACAAUCAAAUGACGAAAAAUCUGAUACAACAAAUCUUCCUAUUGAAAAUACUAAAUCAACAACUAAUAAUCGUAAAUCUCAAUUUAUUCGUAGUGAAAAAUUAAAAGAUUUUAAAUUUAUGUUUAAUAUUGCUGAUGGUGGUUUUACUGAACUUCAUUCAUUAUGGUUAAAUGAACAACGUGCAUUAAUACCAAAUCAUGAACAUGAAAUUUGGCAUCGUCGUCAUGAUUAUUGGUUAUUAGCUGGUGUUGUAACACAUGGUUAUUCACGUUGGCAAGAUAUACAAAUUGAUCAAAAAUUUUCUAUUAUUAAUGAACCAUUUAAAAUGGAUAUGGCUAAAGGAAAUUUUCUUGAAAUGAAAAAUAAAUUUCUUGCACGUCGAUUUAAAUUACUUGAACAAGCACUUGUUAUUGAAGAACAAUUACGUCGUGCAGCAUUCUUAGGUUUAGCUAUGGAACAAACAAAUCCAGCAUUAACACUUUCACAACGUUUUAGUGAAGUUGAAUGUUUAGCUGAAUGUCAUCAACAUUUAUCAAAAGAAUCAUUAGCAGGAAAUAAACCAGCUAAUGCUGUACUUAAUAAAGUUCUUACACAAUUAGAAGAAUUAUUAAGUGAUAUGAAACAAGAAAUAAAUAAAUUACCAGCAACAUUAGCUCGACUUCCACCUGUUUCUCAACGACUUAAUAUGUCAGAAAGAAAUAUUCUAUCUCGAUUACAAAAUGGUCAAAAUCAACAAUCAUCAACUUCACCACCGGCAACAACAACAACAACAACAACAACAAAUGGAAAUUGUUAUGCUUAUACAAAUUAUUCAAAUUUUAUUGGUCCAUUUGCUUUACCAGCAGCUAAUAAUACUAAAACAACUACUAAUUCAUCAAACAAUGUUUCAGCUACUACAUCAACAACAUCAGUUGAUUCAUCAUCAUCAUCAACAACAACAACAACAACAACACAAAAAUCUUCAACAUUAAAUCUCAUUCAAUAG